AUGUUUUCUCCUCCGAAGAGCGAGCGGGCGAAGCCAACACAUCCACCCAUCCACCCUCCUGAAAAACCCAUUGCGGCACAUUUCCAGCUCGGGCGCCAAACAGAUCCUUUGGAGGAAGCAGAUCAGACACCGCCUCAUCCCCCAACGCUGAGCCCUCUGCCUGCCAAUCGCAUCAAUCUCCAAACUUCACUCGCCCCGAAAAGCAUCAAGCUGCUCUUCAGCGCCAAUGUGAGGCGCAAGCUCCAACCACAGCUUCCUGCGGGCUUCUAUGGAAAUGCCUUUGUGCUUGCCUGUGCAGAGAGCACUGUAGAUGAGCUCACAGAGCUCCCUCUUUCCUACGCUGUACAACUUUUGCAGAAGGCCAAGGCCAGACUUUUGGAUGAUUAUGUACGCUCCGUGAUUGACUAUUUGGCUGAUAAAAGUGUCCGGCCUGAUAUGGUGGCGAGCUUGGUGACUUCACAGUGGUCGAGAAUGGAGCUAAUGGAUGUGGAUUUUGGGUGGGGGAAGCCCCUUCAUGUUGGGCCCCUUGCCAGUGACAUAUAUUGCCUUUUGCUGCCUUCUUCCUCUCCGUCGACUGCUGCCCUAGAUGUUCUUAUCGACGAGCCCGGUUGCGCUCCCCAGUCUUCGCGCAGAAACUUUAGAUCAUGUUAG